UCCCUGUAAAUAAUGAAACAACAUGGCGGACAGUGUACAAACCUUCGACACAGAUUACCAACGGAUACCAAGUCGACCGUCGGGCAGGAUCCAUAAGGGCCAUGGCAUGACUGCAGCUUCCUCCUCAAUACCAAGUAGAUACCAAACGAUAGUAAUUGACAAUUCCGAGAAGAAAGGAUUUAAUGCACGUACAAAGCGAUUUCAAUAUGAAACAAAUGCUAGUGAAAAUCCGGGACCUGGCAGUUAUGUCAGUCUUAAGGAUCCUGAUUUCACGACAUCAUCACUAUCCAAAAAAGGCAUGGGAGUUGGCUUUGUAUCAAAGGCUCCUAGAAUUCAGAAACGAAGAGGAACAGCGGGUCCAGGGCCUGCUCAGUAUGGUCUGCCAAGUGUGUUAAAAAGUAAAAGUGAUUUUAAUAGGUCCACAUCUACUAGUAGUUUUGCCGUACCCAUAGCAACAAAUGUUAAAGACAAGCUAUCAAAACAACCAGCACCUAACUCAUACAAUGUUUCAAAGCGAGCUGUAGAAAAACAUUACGGCAGUCAAGUACAAGCCUCAUUCAAAUCCACUUCAAGGCGUCCAGGUCUGAAUGUUGUAAAAGAUCAUUUCCCAUCACCCAGUCAAUACAAUGUGAGUGAUGAACUAACUAAAGAUUCUGUCAAAAUACCAUUUAGUAGUUUUAAAUCAACAUCACGUAGAAUGAUGACUGGGACACCACCUUUGAAUCCCGGACCAGGACACUACAAACCAUUUGAGCCAUCAACGGAUCCUGUUAAAAGGCAAAUCUUGCCUCGUAAGCAUUAUCUGUGCAUUUCUGCACCAGCUAUGCCACUGCCACCACCGCUACCAGAACCAGGUCCAGGUAGCUAUGACACCGUGGAUUACGUAGGACCAAGUAAACACUACAUGUCAAGCAGUGUGUUUGUUUCUAAUACAAGUAGAUGGACUGGUGAUGUCACAAAUGCUGAUAUACCAGGACCAGCUACGUACAGACCUGAAAAUUUGGGUAAUAAGCAGUCGUUUUUCUACAAUGCACAGAACCGCUGGAUUUGAUCACUUUGACUUUCAUAUCUUGCACAACAAACUGAUAUCCGUCCAAACUGAUGUUUGCCCGAAUGACCUUGUCCGCCCAAACUCCACUUGGAGUUCUUCCAAAAUCUGUAAAAUUACGAAGUACAACAACAUUAAAUUUAAACUGUAUUUUAUUUUCUCUUUAAUGUUGUACAUACUGUAUAUAUAACUAU